AUGGAGAAAAGGGUGGAAUUGUUGAUCUUGCAAAACCAAAUACAUACAGUGUGCCACAUCAACUAUACCACAUAUGAUGUGCAGCAUGCUCAAGAUACCAUCCAUGUUGGCAAGGGGCAGUGCAAUAUCAUGCUUCCCUCUGGGGAUGAUUCCAUGGACUCCCAUCCUUACUGGUAUGCCCGAGUGAUACACAUCUUUCAUGUCAACUUGAUGCACUGA